AUGUCUCAAUGGCAGUUACCUCCACAAGGAAUGACAAAACUCAACGUGGAUGGGCCAGUUUUUCAUGCUGAGGGCAGUGUAGGGGUAGGGCUCAUUAUAAGAGAUUGGGAAGGAAAAGUUUUAAUGCCAGUGAAUAAGAAAGAAGUUGCUGCGAUGGAGCCUUUGGAGAUUGAGCUAAUAGCGAUACUGAGAGGAUUGCAAUUCUACAUUCCUCUUGGUCUUCAGUCUUUAUGCAUUGAAUCAGAUUCACUGUUACUAGUCCAAGAGAUAACCAGUUCUGAUAUUUCGAAUUCCAUUUAUGAGAAUGUAGUAAUAGACAUUCAGCAGCUCAAGAGCAAAUUUCGAAGUUGUUCAAUUGUACACAUCAAUAGAGAAGCCAAUGAAUUUGCACACAAACUAGCAAGAUUUUCUAGAAAUGUUAUUGCAACUAAUGUAUGGUGGGAUUAUGUUCCCAGUUGUGUUCAACAAGUCCUAUGGACUGAUUAUUAUGGGGCGUCUUAA